AUCUUGGAAUGACUACUGAAAUGAGUGAUAGGUCACAUGGGGUGUGGCUUUUUACAGGAAAGUGAAACUGACGGUUUAAUAUAAUGCCAAGUCAGUCAGUCUGGCAGAGCAAAGAGAGGGGGAGGUAGAGUUGAGCCAUGGCGUCUGCUUUUUACUCUGAAGAUUUGACUUGUCCUGUUUGUCUGUCCAUCUUCACAGAUCCAGUGACACUUCUCUGCGGACACUCUUUCUGCAGAGGAUGCAUCACGGCGGUUCUGAGCGCACAGCCCCAGUGUCCACAGUGUCGCACAGCUGUUCCAGAUGUGGCAUGCCUUCCAACCAGCCACAUAUUGAAAAGCCUUGCUGAAAAGGCCAAAGAAGGAGUGAAGAGAAAGAAAGAGCAUGGGGAAGAGAAAGCAGAGUCAGCUGAGCUGUGCCCUGAGCAUGAAGAAAAGCUGAAACUGUUCUGCGUCACAGAUCAGCAGUUAGCGUGUAUCAUAUGCCGCGAUGGGGAGAGGCACGAAGGACACAGGUUUAAACCCAUCAAAGAAGCAGCCGCAGCGCUCAGACUGGAGUUGGAGGAGGGCAUGGAGAACAUUUGUGACGAUAUCCUCACUACAGAGAGCCUAGCAAACACGCAGAGGGAAGAAAUAACAAAAACCAAAGAGAUGUCUCAGCAGCUGACCACCCAAAUCCACAGACAGUUUGAGCAGAUGCACCAGUUUCUGCGAAAGAGAGAAGAUGAGAUAAAGAAUGAGCUGAAACACAAAGAGGAAGAUGCUGUUGAGAAAAUGAGCAAGAACUUGAAUGAGAUAGAAACAGCUUUGGGUGAGAGCAGAGAGCUGGAGAGAAAAGUGAAAUCAGUAGUGAAAAUUGAAGACUCAGAGAAGUUCUUAAAGAGCUGGGCUGAGGGUAACACCACAGCCACUCCAGAGCAUUUAUUCCAGUCCAGAGCAUUUGAUCUACAAGUGGUCAAGACCUCUCUCUCUUUGGGGCCGUAUGAAAGCCAUCUGCAGUUCUUUAUCUGGAAAGAGAUGCUUCAGGUGAUCCAGCCACGAGCAGAGCUGCUGUCACUCAAAAGCAACAAUAGAGACAUAACUGUGUCUGAUGAUGGCCGCAGUUUGUUUAGUACUCUCAAUGGCAUGCAGGCUCCGCAGAGUUUCUCCUCUGCUUCAGGCUUUGCAUUUAGUUCUGCUGCAGGAUCACACAAAAUAAAAGACUAUAACUAUGGCGCCAGCACAAGAUCAGGAUGCAAAUCCUUUUUUGGCAAUUUUGGCACCCAAAUGAUGGCAAACCAUGCAUUUAGUGUCAAUGAGUUCACUUCAGGGCAGCAUUACUGGGAAACAGAGGUUGGACACGGAAACUAUUGGGAACUUGGGAUAAAAGAUAAUUUCCUGAAAUAUGAUAACCAAAAAUAUGCCAUCUGUAGUUCAAAUAUAACCACAGAGGUCGUAUUUGCAGCCAGACCAAGAAAGAUUGGGAUCUACCUAAACUGCACAUCCAACACGCUCUCCUUCUAUAAUGCAGACAACAUGAAACAUGCCCACACCGUGAGACCUACUGUCAUGUUGAUGCCACUGUCGGCAUAUUUCAACAUUAGAGCCGCAGCAACAGAGCUUAACCCUCUGACAGUGUGCUGGUACUGA